AUGCUCCAAAUGUUCUGGAAAUACGGAUUCUUGCUGGUCCUUCCUAGAGUUAUUAAGGACUUGAAUCAAGCUGCCGUUGAUACUUUUAUCGUGGUUCCAAAGAGCACCCCCAGCAAUGCAUUAUUCGUUCCCGCCGACUUUUUUGGCUUCGGCUUUGAGUCUGGCUUUUUGCCAUACUACAAUAAUGAUUUCUCUCGCAAUGUUGUCACUUCCAUUCAAGCUCGCAUGAGUCAACCACUGGUAAUCCGAGUCGGUGGUACAAGCGGGGAUAAUAUCACCGUUCAUCAAGACCAAAAGGAGGCUUCACAUUGCACGUCCGAUCGCUGCAACAGCUUAAGCCACUUCGAUAUUGGACUAAGUUAUUUCGACACUUUUACACAGUUUCCAAAUGCUUCAUGGACUGUUCAGGCCCCGAUGGGUGUACAUUUCAACAUAACGAACACAAUGACCUAUUUACGACACGCGUGGAACGCAAUCGGAAAAGAUCGUGUGUCGGCUAUUGCACUUGGAAAUGAGCCAAAUUGGUAUCCUAUGCAGGAUAAAAGCUACGACUAUGCAGCCUAUACCAAAGAUGCGAUUGAAAUUGAAGAUAGAGUCAUUAAGGAUUUUGCACUAGAAGGCGACGAUCGCAGAAUAUUUCAGGUUGGAGAAAUUGCCAGCGAAGCAGUUUCUUCUGAUUUUAAUUUGCUCGGCAUUCUACAAGGUCGCCUCGGGCGCAAUGGGCGUACAAAAUAUGCUGCGGAGCAUUUCUACCAACAUGCGAAGACAGGAGUGGCAAAAAGCUACUUUACUGUUGAUGUACUUCAGGAUUUCCUGAUGAGCCAUGCCGACAUCCUAGGUCACUUGCUGCCGUAUGCAAAAGUUGUCGAUUGGAUCAAGGAGAAGAAAAGGCCAUACUCUCUGGUUCUUUCCGAGGUGGGAUCUGCUAUCGGUGGCAGCCCCAUCUCUUUCGGCGGUGGCUUCGGGGCCGCGAUCUGGGCCGUUGACUUUCAUCUCGCAUCCAUGUCCCGCGGCGUAAAGAGGAUAUGCAACACCAUGGGCCCGGACUCAACACACUCGUUCUGGCUCCCCAGCGAGACUGGGCGCCAACCCACAGGCCCUGCUGUGCAAGGGAUCUUUCCAUCGGCUGCAUUUAUUGCCGACUUCGUAGGCAGAAGUGACACUCUGGGUAAGGUCAGUAAUCUGACUUCAAACUUUCAGUACCUCAGUGCAUAUGCUAUGUAUAAUCUCAAUUCCGAUAAGCCCACACGGGUCGCAUUGAUCAAUCUUCGCGAGUGGCAUGAGAGUGACACACCUGCCUUGAGUCCCACACGUGGGUUUUACAAUGUCACACUCAGAUUCGGCGAUGGACUAAAGACUGUCACUGUGAAACGAAUGCACUCUGAGAGUGGAUCAUUAGCCAGAGGUUUUGACCAGGGUGGUCACAGGGAGAAUGUGACGUGGGCAGGGGAGCAAUGGAGCUACAAAGUUGACAAGGGCAAAGGUCAUUUUGUCUCUGGUCUUCAAGAGGAAAAAUUGAAUGUUAAUCAAGGGAGCGCCCAUAUCAUUGUGCACGACACUGAGGCGGUAAUGGUCUUUUUGAGUUAG